CCAACCUUUCGUUCCUGCCUUCUCAGAGCUUCACGAUUAUAUAAUUAUUUUUCCCCCUUUUUUUUAACAAAAAUAUAUUUGGUUUAAAGCAAGUAAUACAUUCCACUUAUAUUCGGAGCUCGGUCUUGAAGAUCGAGCUCCUCAAGGUUGAAGCUUUCAGUUUUUUGGUGGUUUAGAUAUUUUGCAAUUUUUAUUUGAAGAACUUAAACUUUGUUUUAUUCGUCGAAAUAACUUCUUAUACACACUGGAUUUAUUAGCAAUGGCGAACACGAUGCAAUUUUGCGGUGUAAUUCCGAAGCAAUCUUUGCAUUGCCCAACUCUGUCGUGGCAGCGGCUUGAGUUUGGCGCGUGUGUGAGUUCGAGUUCUAGGUUUUGUAUUAGUGUGAAAAGAUCGUGUAGAGAUAGAGGAGGUUUGAGAGUGAGUUGUGAGGGAGCGAAAAUAGAUGUGAUUGAAAGGAAGGAGAGUGAGAGUCAAGUAUUGGGAGAGAAUGAGAAGCAAUUGACAUGUGUUAUGAAGUUCGGUGGAUCGUCCGUGUCCUCUGCUGAGAGAAUGAGGGAAGUUGCUGAACUUAUACUUAGCUUCCCGUACGAAAGGCCUGUGAUUGUUCUCUCAGCAAUGGGAAAGACAACAAAUAAGUUAUUGCUGGCUGGUGAAACGGCUGUUAGUUGUGGGGUUACUAAUGUGUCAUGUAUUGAUGAGUUGAGUUUUAUUCAAGAAUUACACCACAGGACUGCAGAUGAGCUUGGAGUAGAAAGGUCAAUUAUUGAAUAUCACCUAGAACAACUGGAGCAACUUCUGAAGGGAAUUGCUAUGAUGAAAGAGCUAACUCCACGCACUAGAGACUACUUAGUUUCGUUUGGGGAGUGCAUGUCCACUAGGCUUUUUGCUGCAUAUUUGAAUAAAAUUGGUGUGAAAGCCCGCCAAUAUGAUGCCUUCGAUAUUGGCUUCAUAACCACAGAUGACUUUACAAAUGCUGAUAUUUUGGAAGCCACUUAUCCAGCUGUUGCUAAGAGGUUACAUGGUGAUUGGAUCAGUGAUCUUGCAAUUCCAAUUGUUACUGGUUUCCUCGGAAAGGGCUGGAGGUCUUGUGCAAUCACUACAUUGGGUAGGGGUGGUAGCGAUUUGACAGCCACAACCAUUGGGAAAGCAUUGGGGUUGCGAGAGAUUCAGGUGUGGAAGGAUGUUGACGGUGUUUUGACAUGCGAUCCUAACAUAUAUCAACGUGCUGAGCCAGUCCCAUAUUUGACAUUUGAUGAGGCGGCUGAGCUUGCAUAUUUUGGGGCUCAGGUUUUGCAUCCACAAUCCAUGAGACCAGCUAGAGAGGGUGAUAUUCCGGUUAGGGUUAAGAAUUCUUAUAAUCCUAAUGCCCCAGGAACUCUGAUCACCAGGUCUAGAGAUAUGACUAAGGCAGUAUUAACUAGCAUUGUUUUGAAACGUAAUGUUACCAUGUUGGAUAUUGUUAGCACUCGCAUGCUUGGCCAAUUUGGCUUCCUUGCUAAGGUAUUUUCAAUCUUUGAAGAUUUGGGCAUAUCAGUGGAUGUUGUAGCUACUAGUGAAGUCAGUAUUUCCUUGACAUUGGAUCCAUCUAAGCUUUGGAGCAGAGAGCUAAUUCAGCAGGCAAGCGAACUUGACCAUGUAGUGGAAGAACUUGAGAAAAUUGCCGUUGUCAAUCUCCUUCAGCACAGAUCAAUUAUAUCUCUUAUUGGCAAUGUCCAGAGGUCCUCGCUUAUACUAGAGAAGGCUUUUCAUGUUCUACGAAGAAAUGGAGUCAAUGUUCAGAUGAUCUCCCAGGGUGCAUCGAAGGUUAAUAUCUCGUUGAUUGUAAACGACAGUGAAUCAGAACAGUGUGUCAGGGCCCUCCACGCCGCCUUCUUUGAGAGUGAUCUAUCCAAUUUAGAUGCAGAAGGUAGCCCUGAGAAUACUUCUGCCUCAGACUAAUAAAUCUAUUUUUUUUGUCCCUUUACUCCCAAAUUUUAAACAAUUUGGGAGUAGAGUACUCAGUAUCAUUAUUUAAACAUUUAACUGUCCCCUAUUGUCGCGAGCAGCAUAGCUCUAUUAUUAAUCUUUGAAUAAUGUAUUUUUCCAAUUGUAUUGCAAAGUAAUAUUUGUGCGUUGGUGAUUUAUGAUUUGUCCGGUAACUUACCUAUUGCA